UUUGCAUUCGCUCUUUUUCGUCCACCUUGUUACACCCUUUCAUAUACUCCUCCGCCUUCACUUGGAAUAACUAAGAAAUUUUUUCUUUUUAUUCUCUGCGAAACCUAUGCACAUAUUCAAAUCGAUCCGUCAGUUAACACUCUGUACACUUCCAGCUCAACUGCGCUGAUCUCUUCAUAUACAAACAUAUACACAUUUAAUAAAAUGUCAUCAACAGGUCCUCGUUCGCCUCACGCUUUCAGGAGUGGUGGAAGCAAUCAGAGCUCAGAUGAGAUCGCGACCAACAAUGGGGUUCCUCAGCGACCUCCUCGCCAGAAUAGACAGAGGUCAGGGUCGUCUUCAUCCCCAGUCAUGAAUGGUACACAAUACUAUCAGCACUUUCAGCAGCAUCAAUAUCAACAAGAUCCGUAUUACACACCAUCGCUUCACUCUAAUCAAUCUCCUCGACCUUCGCCUCGAACUACACCGAAUACAUACAGUGCAAACUACCAAUCUGUGCCAGCUUCUCCCAUGACGUUCCAACUUCCUCCUUCUACCAUAUCGACUCGUGAUGAUUCAUUGAGAUCUGGAUCUAUCCCACUCCACUCACACCAGCAACAUCAGCAACACCAACAAUAUCCACAGUCAUCAUCAUCUUCUUAUCGAUCACCGCACAUGUCACCUGGAUACCCUAGUAAUGGACAGUUGCCAAACAUGCUACCACCGCCUUUGUCACUACCGGAUUCUUUUUUAGAAGAUCAAUCAGAUUAUGCUGGGUACUACUCGUCUGAUGUUGGGAUCUUUUCCAGCCCUCCACUUCCAGGGACUCCACAGAUACAGAUUCCCUCAAGCAACAGCUCUCUUCACCCGCGACCUUAUUAUGGACAUAGUCCAGAUCUUCCGCCUAGCCCAUCCAGGCCAGGAGCCAGAAGUGGAGGCAGUGGGUUUUUGCCAUCGCCACACAUGACACCAGCAACUUCUCCUCUCCAAAUCGAUUUUCCAUCGCUAUCCCUUAAUGACACCGACAAUCGAAACAGAGGUGAAAAAGAGAGUGCGAGGGAAAAAAUGGAAUGCAAGAGUAAAUUGAGAGCCAUGUUUUUCACUACUAUCCUGUCAAAUGGACAGUUACAGCAACGUGGGUCAGGCGAUUUGCAGUCACACAACCAAAAAAACUAUCAUGGCCCUCAGAGUAGCACCCUGAUAGCCAUGUUGGGUGCCAUGUGUUUCAUGCUCACAUCAAUAUUUAUUUACUACUCUAAUAAUUAAGAUGGUAAAAAGAUAAUUCAUGACAUGGUCUGGCCUCAAUCCGAGAAUAUCAGAAAAAAUAGAUAAAAUAGAUCUUUGCACAUAAUAGAUGAAUUAUGUAUGUGGAGGAUGGAUACAGGGGUCAUGGUGCUUUACAACAGUAUGAUCUAUGCUCCUCAAAUGUAUU